AUGAGUAAUUGGCUACAAUGUUCCCGCCGAUGUUUUUGGAAUAGGACCAAUUAUGGUACUAGAGCAUUAUCGUCAUUUGACAAAAUUCCAAGAGCUCCCCCGGAUAAAAUUUUAGGAUUGACUGAGCAAUUUAGUAAAGACAAAAAUGCCAAGAAAGUUAAUUUGACCGUUGGUGUCUACAAAGAUAACCAAGGGCUAGUAACUACUUUUCCCACGGUUGCCAAGGCUCAAAAGAUAUUGGAUCAGGAUGAAAAUAUGAAUUCGGACCUAUCCUAUUUGCCCAUUAUUGGAUCCCCAGCUUACAGAAAGAGUACACUUAAUUUUCUGUUUAGAGAUUCAUGCCCAGAGUCAGGUCCAAAAUUGUUAGAACAAGAAAGAGUUAGUUUUGUACAGACUUUAAGUGGAACGGGCGCAUUGGUGGUAGCUGCAGAUCUCCUAGCACAAUUUGUAUCAAGGACAGUUUGGAUUCCCAAUCUUUCAUGGCCAAAUCAUACAAAUAUAUUUAAAAGACAUGGUUUUAAUGAUGUUAGACAAUACUCUUACUAUGAAAAUGGAAAAUUGACAGUCGAUAAAUGGAUUGAUAAUUUGAAGAAAAAUGUCAAAAAAAAUGAUGGCAGUCGUCAUUGUAUUAUUUUGCACGCAUGCUGUCACAAUCCCACAGGAGUUGACCCCACUGUUGAACAAUGGCGGAAGAUUUUAGAUGCGGUCCGUGAAUUAGAAAUGAUACCCAUUAUCGACAUGGCGUAUCAAGGGCUUGUAUCUGGAAACCCCGCUAAGGACGCCUAUGUGCUUCGUAUGUGCCUUGAUGAAUCAAGAUACGGGAAUUGGCCUCAUGGUUUGUUCUUAUGUCAAUCUUUUGCUAAAAACAUGGGUCUCUACGGUGAGAGAGUUGGUUCCCUGAGUGUUGUGGUACCACCUAAUCAGCCUGAAUCUAAAGGUAAUGUAGAAUCUCAAUUAAAGCAAAUUGUCAGAAGUAUGUACUCGUCACCUCCUGCUUAUGGAUGUCGUGUCGCUACUCUGGUUCUCUCCAGUGAUGAUUUCAAAAGAGACUGGUAUAAAGAUGUGGAAUCUAUGGUACAAAGAUUGCUAAACGUUAGACAAGGAAUGUACGACAGACUUGGUUGGGAAGGAUUGAUAAAUUUUGAACAACAACAUGGUAUGUUCUUUUAUACCGGCCUGAAGCCGCAUGCAUUAAACCGUUUAAGAGAUGAAUAUUCAAUCUAUAUGACUAUGGAUGGGAGAUUAUCCUUAAGUGGCGUCAAUGACCACAAUAUUGACUACGUCUGUGAUGCCUUUAAAGCUAUUUUAGAUUGA